AUGGGCACCGACCCCAGCGCUCCGAACGUGGCCUCUGCGGAGGCCCAUGUUCCAGCGGUAAAGCUCGCCGCGAAGGGGAAUAUUGUGCACAAGAAGCAUCGCGUAGAUGGACGCGGAGAAAGCGGCGCGGAUUCUGCGUGCUGUCCUUCGCCCUUCCGCUCGUGCGCACCUGCCUUAUCUUUGAAAGAACAGAAAAAGCAAGAACCGGGGAUUCUCUACAUCUCGCGAAUUCCUCCUUGGAUGACUCGGGCAGCCCUUCGCCAAUACUUUGAGCGCUUUGGAAAGUUGGGCCGCCUCCACAUUAAAGACUACGCUAGCCCUGAGCAACACUGCAAGCGCCCAUCUGCCUCUUCGUCCCGUCCCUCCUCUGUUUCCUCCGCCGUUCCCACCGAGGGCUGGCUAGAGUUUUUGGAUAAGCGGGUCGCGCGGCGCGUCGCCCAGCUUCUGAAUGGCCAGGCGAUUGGCGGAAAGAAGCGGAAAAGCAGGUGGAGAGAAGAUCUCUGGUGUCUGAACUACCUCAAAGGCUUUACGUGGCAGCAGCUUAUCGAGGAGAAAGUGUACAAACACCGCGUUCGCGAGGCCCGCCUGAACGCAGCACUGAACGAAGUGAAGCGACAGAAUACUCUUUACCUUGAAUUGGUCGAUGAACAAAGGCGACUGCAGAAAAUGGAGGCGAAACGAGCUGCCAAAGGGCGGGGCAAGAGGGGGGAAGACGAUGAGGAGAGCCCUUCCGAGUCGGGAUCCGACUCUGCAGAUGCAGAAGAAACGCUUGAAAAAGAGGAGGAAGCAGUCAAGGCGAAGAAAAGACGUCUCGGGGACCAUCCGAAAUCUCGAAAGGCUUCCUCGCAGGUUCCGACUAAAAAGGGAGAGACUCCCACAGCAGCCAAAACUGCUACUCGGGCCAUUAGUGACGAUGUGUUGGACCAGUUCGUCCUGUAA